GAGAUGAUGCCAACUGGCCUGAGCGAUAAAGUUGGUCGACAGGAGCUCGAGAUUCUGAUGAGUCAACCUCGUUACGCAAUCGACGACGAGAAUUGCGAAAUCAUUAAACUUCAGUCCUUGUUACUUGUGCAAACGAUCUUUCGUAACAAAUGGACAACGAAAGUGGAACGACAAAAAUGA